UGGAGGGGGAUUUUUGCUCAUUGGUGUGUCAUUUUACUACGCUGCCCCACAGUGUGUGUGCACAGCCAGAUUUACAAUUUCUGCUCUGCAUGAUUUCAAAUUCAAGAGGCGGUCACGGACGUAACAGGAGGCUGGGCACUCACCAGCGAGGAAAUUGGAUUGUGCAAAUCUCAUCUGCUUUUCAUCUUCCAAGUGGACGGAAGUAAUUUACGUAGGAAUUAAUCCAAAGGUCUGAGUGUGGAAAAUAAUGCUACGCUGAAGUGUUCAUCAAUAAAUGUGCACGUACUACAGGAAUGUGACUGCUUUGGAUUUAUUCAUGCACCGGUAAAUGUGAUUGUUUUGUGAGGAAGUCAACUGUGUGCUUGAGAUUGAAUUCUCAGUGAUUUGAGUCUUCCUAGCAGGAAAUCUUUCAAGGUAGCUCUACAUAUUUUUUUUGUCUUCCAAAGGGAGAUGAGACAAUGAACCUGUAGCUGUAAGCGAAGAGUGACAUUGCUGAGGGGUCAGAGGUGACAGGAUGAACGGGUCAUGGAGUGAUCAGGACCUGAGCAGGGAGUCAGAUCUCACAGAGCCAGACUCCCAGUCAGGGAUGUCAGAGGGCGAGUUUGAGAGCUUUGAAGAUGCAGGCCAUCGCACAGAAGAGCACAACAUGAAGUACAAAGACCAAACCGAAAACGGCAACGCGGUGGACCUUGACGGACUUCCGGACAACCACGACCAAUCCACAGAGGGAGAAGAAGAAGAUGAUAUCAGCUACAACUCAUCAGAGCAUCAUCAUCCGGAGGUUGUGGGUGGAGAUGAGGCAGAAGGACCACCAGAGGGGAGACUUGAGGAUUCUGGGGAGACCAUGGGAGGCGGGGAACCAGUGGUGAACGAGAAGCAACAGACAGUAAUCAACAUGCACCAUGUGGAUCUGAUACUGGAUAAUAUAGAUGCAGAACUGAACGACAUCAUCAACAGGAGCCUUAAUAGUGAGCACAGCGAGCACAGCUACCAUGGUAACAGCAGCAGUUCUGGAACCAGUAGGCACAGUCAGAAGGCCUCCACAUUGACAAGACAGGGACCAGAGUCCAGCAACAAUGCAACAGCUGAUGAAACGCUCGAAGAUGACAGUGCUUCAGACACUGGUCUAGGUACAGGAAGCCACCGGGGGGACUCUAGCCCCAUACCCAAUGGGGAUCAUGUCCGUCACGGGUCUGCUGUAGGAAAAAUUUAUAUGAAUGGAGAAGGAAAAGGGACAAAGCUAAAAAAUGGCAGCAACAGAUCCUUCAAGAAAAAGGUUUCCAAGCGGCAAGCUUUAGUGGAAUUCAGCGACGGUGACUCCAUCUGUUCCGACGACGUCAGGAUGAGAAUGGAGGAGACUCUAAAUCUUCAAGAUUCUGAUACAGACGCACUGCCUUCACAGCAUUCCCACAAUCCUUCACAUACCCACGAUGCACUGCAAAAGCACAACAGGUCACUGCCUUCUUCGGCCACAGCAUCAAACAGUACAAAGAGUUGGAACAGGCGGCGUGGGGUACCAGACGAGGCCAACGACAACAGGACUGAGGAUUCAAGUCAAAGUGAUGACAAUCACGAAACGCAAGACAUAUCCUCGAGGAUACAAGAGAUGGUCUCGCUUGUUUUAUCCGACUCAACCACCGAUCCGCUUUUUGACGAAGCAUCGUCACCAAACCUCAGCAACAAUCACCAAAGUCAAAAUCUUCCAAGGACGAAUCACAAUACUCAACGAACCACAGGCGCAAUACGUUCCAGUGAGAACGGAAGAACCCACCAAUCGUUGCCGCCAGAUAGCAAGUCCUUCCUGGAGCAUCGGCGAGCUGGCCGAGGCAUCGACGCAGACUCCAUAGCAACUGAGGAUUUUGAGCACGUCUUCCAGACAAGCAUUGUCACACAUGACCCACCAUCCACCACAAGCAGGAGCCCACUGAAAACCACACGCAAUAAUCCGUCCAAUAGGAAUGAAGCUAAAAGAAUACCAUCGGCUUCUCCGAAAAAGACUGACCAUUUGACAGUCCCGGGGAUGGGCAAAAGAGGAAAAUCAAGGAGCAAGAAGAAACGGACAAACACCUUGCCAACUUCCAAACCCAGCGGUCUUCCAGAGUACAUGUACCUCCGUAAAGGUGUAACAGAGAGCGACGUAGGCUCAGAUUCUAUCAGGACAGAGGAUUAUGAGGGUCAUUUUGAGGUUGCAAGGGUAACGGAUCAGCACAACUCUCCAAAAUAUGCAAAUUUCAGCAAUAUCCCCAGGAGCAGACAUGCCCCCAAUGUCCAGAGUGACCCCGAGUCUAUCCAGACUGAGGAAUAUGAGCAGCGCUUCCGUUCCCUGAUGGUCAAGCAGGUGGCCGGAGUGCCGGUCAAGAGUUUCGACCAGGUGACCAUCGCCAGCGACCUGGAGUCUGUCGAGACGGGCAUGGUGCACGAGAAGUUUCAGGAGGCUUUGAGGAAAGGUCCAGAGGUUCGAGUUUUCAAUGAGUUUGGAGACCAGAGCGAUCUGGAUCCUUUGCAAAUGGAGGAAGUGGAGAGGAAAUUUCAAAAAAUUCUUAGGAAGAAGAAGAUAGAGAAAAUGCGACAUUCUAAAAAAGAUGGAGAUACAGAAGACGAUGUCACCAGUGAUAUGGACAGCGUACGGGCCAUCCCCUCCAAGUCCGAGACUAGUAGUCCACCAAACAGACAGUCCAAGAACGGACGGAGCAAAGGCCACAGACAUCACAAUGGUGUACAAGUCAAGCAUUCCGGUCGUUCAAGAGACGCCUCGCCCCGUACCAACACUUACAACACCACCCGGUCCAGCCCCCGAGGGGCUCCCAGUAGCCCCUGGAGUACCCCGCGGGACGUCAGCCCCAGCCCGCCGCAGAAAAGCCCCACGGCUGUGGCCACCGCGGUCAACUUCCCCUUUAAUUAUCAUCCCCCGGCAGUGGCCAGAUCCUGCGGGAACCAUCAUGACAAGAACCCUGCAAGUACUCUGUCGGUGCAAUGUAACAUUUUCAAAGAAAGAAAAAAAAUCCUCUUGUCUCAUGAAUGUUUGUUUCUUUUUUUUCUUCUUUGUGUCUCCAGAACUGAACAAGCAAACUUCCCAUCAUGGCAAGAUCCUUCGGUUGGCCGCCAGCGUGCCGCUGCCUGGAAUUCCCAACGCCAAGACUCCUUUUCCACCUACGAGGAAGUUGAGAGCCUUCACAGCCACCAGUGUUCUUCACUUCAGUCCCUGGACAACAGCUGUGGGCCAAGUCGAUUGCAGAGCUUUGGAAGCACCUCAAGUAGCCUUGACCAGUCCCAUCCACAAGUCGACGGAGGACCCUGGGCAAGUGGCAUACCUGCUGAGGACCACCUGUUUGAUCACGAACAGGAUGAUCAGGGUUCAUCGCUGACGUCUGAUUCAACACAAUCUGCCUCUGCAAAAGGAGGGAGAUCUGGCCACCUGAAGGAAAAGUCCAGGAGGAGCUUGAUCGAGGAUGAUGAGGACGAAAUGAACUCCAGUGUUGCCAAGUGGGUCGAUCAGACCAGAGCGGAGACAGCCCGUCGGCGAUCUUAUGUGGGACUGCCUGAGGACCCACUUGUUAGAAGCCAUGAGGCACCAGAAGGGGGACAGCAUAGCUGUGACCUGAAUAAGGAGAGGUCACUGACUGCUCUGAAGAUGCAAUGCGGGGAUGUGAUUCCUGGGAAAAGUGGCCGUCAGAUUCGGCUUCCAAAUGAGACAGACUUGGAGCUGGCACUUCGUGUAGGGAACUCUUCCCCUGUCAGCAUGAUCUCCAGGUGUGCCAGCUUGGACAGCAGUCACGGCUCACCUGGCAGCGACCACCCAGAGGGAGAUUGGACCAUUGCUGAGGAUGUCCUUAUCAAUCUUGGAUUCGGAGGAGCAAACAUGGGUAUACCGUCCCGCUUUCUUAAGUCUUGGAGAGAGCAGGUGCUCAAACAGCGUGUGGAAGAGGUUCGAAGGCUUCUGGGUAACACGACCAGCAACCAUCUCCUUCAGCAUUUGCCAACAAAGCCUGAGAAAACUCACUCCCCAAAAGAGAAGAUUCCAUUACCUAGGAAAGAGGAUCGCCACAACCACAAUCUACCCAGCACUUCAACCUACUCUCCUAGAUCAAGUUCCACGAGUUCCCUGGUGUCUGAUAGUUCAAAUUCACAGCAAGUGGAAGAUGCUGUCAUGAGCAGGCAGCGUGGAGCUGACAAAGCCAAGCUUGUUGGGCUCAGACGCUCUCUAAAAAAGGCCGCAACAGUGUCCUCAUUCGGACAGACCCUGUCAGAGAUAAGUAAUUCAAGGCAGGGCCCACCAAACCAACAAAUUGUAGCCCUCCAACAAGGGGAUCAGCCUCCAGCAGCCAGACGAUCACCAGGAGGUGGGAAAUACAGUCCAUUCCACAAGAGUCAUAAAUCAAGUGCCAGGGACAGACGAAGAAAGUACAUGAAGAAGCAGAGCUCACUUCCAAUCUCCCUUGAGACCCUUCAAGAGGAGGACGAGAGCCUGAAACCUGGAUUGGUGAAAUCUAAACAGGCAGAUACUGAAAGUCCUUCUGCCCGAAAGAAUCUACUCAAACCUCAGAGUCUAGAAGUGGGAGACCAGCCAGCAUUUCACUGUAAAUUGAAGAUUGUCAUGGAACAGCCCAGUGUUGAGUCACGAGAGGCUAUGUCCAGGCAGGGCACAACUGACGUGGAUGUAGAUGUGGAUGAGGCCAUCGCUGAUGUUGACACUGACAAGAAGGAUCAAAAAGUUAGCAUGGAGCAGUACCUUGUUGUGAAAGCCAUCAUCGAUUCCAAGGACUCUGGAUUUGAAAAUGAGCCAUCUCGGACAGGAAGCCCACAGAUUUCUCCCCGAAGCAGUGAGGAUGAAACAGUGAAAGGUACAUGCUCAAAAACAAUUACCACUGCAGAUUUCAAUGCACAGAGAACCAGGUCCAGUGAAAUUCCAGACAGCAAAACAGACAAUUUAUUGGUAAUUGUUCCCUCUAAAGAAAACAAUGACAUCAGUGGAGCCAGUCCGUCAACUUGCCCCGAUGAAAACUUCCAAGGCCAGCACAUUAAGCAAGAACAAUCACCCAAGAGAGAGGAGCUUCCAUCGACAGAGAGCAAGUCAACCUCAGAAACUUCCAGGUUAGCUGAUGUGACCAUAGUGCCCGUACCUCAAACCAAAGACACAAAACUGAGUGGCUGUUCUUCAAGCACAAGCAGUGACAGAAGGAGACCUUCUUUGGCAGAUAUCCAGGAUGAUUUUCAUCAAACCAUUACCGAAGAGGACAAUGAUGUCUUUGAUUCCCCUGUGGGAGGCCACAUCAGUGAUUCAGUCUCGGCCUGUUGUCAGACCAGUCCCUCCCUACACUCUCCCCUGCUCUCGCCACUUUUCUUCCUUGGCUCAAUCAGCGAACACCCAGACAGUUUGUCUGAUGGCAACAACUCAGCAACCAAUGUCUCGCCAGAAAUAUUUGUCUUGCCGAGUGGGUCAGCCUCAGAUGUAGGUUACGAAAAGGGUGGUGUUUCUGCAGAAAGGCAUGACUCGCUUGAGUCCGUAAAGACUACAGCAGAUGGACUCGUCUCGGAUUCAUCACUAAGAAGUCUCAGCCAGGAGAUAUCUGAUGGAGGAUUGUCAAUCAUUGCCGAAAAGGACGAAGAACAAGGGUUUGGCCAAGAGCCUUCUGAUCGAAUAUCGGUUAUGGAUAAAGCCAUCCAGGAUAGCCAAGAACUUCUGUCGCCACUCUCUAUGAUAAAUAACAAAACCUCAGGUAUUUCAGGUCAGAACCGCUUCCAAUUUGACGACUUGCCUCAAAAUUCUGAGCCCCUUGACCCGACAACCUCAAAUCCAGUUGAGAAAUCCAGAAACCCCUUCAAGUCAUCGGACAGCUUUUACUCUUCCCCUCGUCAUUCCAAAGUGGAUUUUGAUUUUGAUGCCACCAUUGAAGAGGAUGAGGAUGGAGAACAAUAUUCAGAUGGGGAGAGCUUCUCAAAAGUCGCCUUUCCUGAGCUGACGGCGAUGGUGUACAAGGCUUCGAACCUUGCCAACACUUCUGCUUCUGAUCAUCUUAAUGAUAACAGUGAAGAAAGUCACAACUCAUCACCCUGUCUGUCAAAGGAUGAUCAUGGUCCUGAAAUGCAUUGUUCAGAAUUGGAUGAAACUGAUUUCAAAACUGACAUCUCUUCUGAGAGUGCCAGGAAUAAAUCAGGGACUGAUGUGAACUCUACUGGUUCAUGGGAUAAUGAGGUGCAAAAUGGCACCAACUCUGGUCGGACAGGAUUAGAUCAUAAUGAUUGCAAAGAAAACAGUCGUUCAGUGGCUCAGAGCGAUACUAUCAUCUUCAGCAAACAACCAAUCUCUGAAAACUACAUUCUGAAUAAAGCCGGAGACGAGACAGCACCGGCAAUCUCAGUUAUUGAUGGCAAGGAAAGUGAGGAAAAACCGACUGGUUAUGAGAAAAACGCUGCAGGUUGCCAGCAUGACGAUUGUCGUGGGAAUUGCCAGAACCGUACCUCAUUAAGGACAGAUGAACUCACCAAGGAUUCUGUGCCCGUUAACCACCCAGGGGACCAUAGCCAAUUUUCCAGCAAUGGGCAAUUCAUCAAUGAGCAAGCUGCUUAUGACAACCAGGCCUCCGCAAACAAUCCAGAUGGAGAAAUUCCCCCGGGAGGCAGCAUUCCCUCAGAAAAUGUCAAAAUGUCUGAUUUAGAAUUAGGAAAUGGCUCGAGACAAACUGACAAAGCUAAUUUUACCUCUGAGGUAAAGAGCAGUUUCUUUGCUUGGGAAUCAACAAAAAAACACACCGAAUUUCUGGACCGCUUGCACAGCGAGAGAAAUGGCAUGGAGGAAUGGAAACUGGGAUUUGAUCAGCCCCAGAUCAUAAGAAGCACCUCGGUAGAGGCUCACUUGAAUUUCCAGCGAAGGAAACUACGAACACUCAGCGAGCGGAGCACCCUGUACAGCGAUGGCAUGGAGCCACUGCUCUCGGGCUUUGGACGCAUCAUUACUGAGCGCAGCAGCUCCUCUACCGAGGGAUUCGGCUCGUUUGGGUCAGACAUUUUCCGCCGACCACAGACAACAAUGCAGACCUUACAGCAGGUGGCUGCUAAGUUGGAGAGUCACAUUCGACAGCGGAGCCUUGUCAGCAUUCAGGAUGAUGAGAGUGAAGAAGAAAAUGAGCAGAGAGUCGCAGAGGAACCACAGUCUCCUUAUAAACAAACUGUCCCUGAGGUGGAAAAAUUAGCUGACCUUGAUUCUACGGAAGAAAGAAAUUCUGUACAACCAGAUGAGAAUGGGAAAUGUAAAUUGCACGAAGAUGAGCGUUACAAGGACGUAAAUUCUAGAGAUGAAAACGACAUCGCUGUCCAUCCCGUUGACAAAAGUACCACUGAUACAUCCAAAAGUGCCAAGGUUUGUGAGGAGGAGGUGACAAACAACUCAAACCUCUGUGAAGAAAACUUACAACACGAUGAGAACACCGUCGCCACUUCUGACAAUGUAGAUGCUUUAGAAGUUGAGACAAAAGUCAUCAGUCCAAACAUUCAUGUUGAUGGGACAAGUGAUUACAAGCCACUAAGUAAGUCAGACGUCCAAAAUAUGUCCGCUUCUACUCAUGAAAACUGCACUGGUGCUAACAAAGAUACACCGAGCGCCACAACCGCAGCAAGGCGAAGGAGUUGGCAAUUUCAGGCCACUGCUUCCCGGAAAUCUCGAAAUUUCCUCUCGGUACCAUCAUUUGGUCCCCUGACUGAUACCUUCAACGGAAACCCUUUUUCUGCAAGUCUGAGUGCUAAGCAGGUGAACCCAAAUGUGGGCGUUUUGCAAGAAGUGGUCCCAGACCUUGAGCAUCAUUGUGACUCGGCAGACAGCCAGAGCUUGUCCAAGCUGUCAGAACUAUCUGAUGAAACUGAUUCACUGCAAAUAAAAGACUUUGAAGCCUCUUGUAAAAUUAUAAUGGAACAUGUAGUUGAUGAGAAAGAUCAGGAUGGUGAGGACGAAUUUUCAUUUGACCUUUGCACAGGCAUAGAGACCAGUUGUACAGAGUGUGAGGUGUCAAAUUUGACUGAGCCUGGGACUAUGGUUGAGUUUAAGGGCAAGGAUCCUGUUUUAGAACAAACUCCAAAGUCAGUUGUGGUUUCUUUUGAUCACCUUGAAGACAGUGCUCCGAGUGAGAAUGAGAGAGGUUCACAUUGUGUGCUUGAUAAAAUUGGAAUUCCAUCUUAUCCUAUGUUAGUGUAUCCGACUUCUAGCAGUGUUUCCGAAGUUAAGUAUAACCAGGAACUGCCGAAAUUAACAUCAGACUUUGUGUAUGUUAAAUUGUUGCCUACAAAUGGUCCAAACGUGGCGCACGGGAGCGCUGUCGUUCAUUCUCAAUACUACAGGUGUGAGAAAUUUGUGAAUGUCUCGACGUCAUCCGACGGUAAAGUGGCUUUUAUCGAAACCGGUGAGGAUGACAACUUGUGUGCUUCUCACCAACUCCCAACCUUCUUGUCGGAAGUCAAUUUCCCGGCUUUGUCUAAUGCUCGGAAAGGAUUUUCUUCUCAGCCUGCUGAGAACAGGAUGUCCAUCUCCUCCCAAGGAAGUCGCAGUCUCGACUGCCCUUCGCCGGUUCCAUCGUCCCGCCUCUCACCGACAUUUGAGGAGAUAUGUACCAAGGCAGGAAAUCUUAUGCAACAGUUACAAGAGGCCUUAGGUAGCGAAUCACCGGAAGAUUUGCAGAGGUCACAAGUAGAGAUUGAGAAUAAAAACACAGAUAAAGAACUUGAUGAGUUACACCAGGAGGAGGAGGAGGAGGGUGGAUUCAUAAGGUACACGCUUUUAGAUAAGGAUAUUUUUGGAGGGGUUUCAAGGUUAUUUAGUCAAAUGUAAAGCUUA